ACAUUUUGUUGUGGGCCUUAUUAGAGCUGGUCUUGGCAGAUCUGCUCCUGGUUAGGGGUACCAGGUCAGGUGGAUCACACAGUUCAUCCUGUCAGCAUGGGGUCUGGCUCAUCCUCCUACACUUCCAAAACCAUCUAUUUGGAUGUAGAUGGCAAAGUGCAGAAGGUACUUUUCAGUCGUCACUGCAGCCCAUGUGAUAUCAAAGAACUGCUGUGUUCCUCCUCCAACAUCCCUAGGAACACUGCUAUAAUAAUGGCGAACCCUGAAGGUGCUUUUGUAUCCAUCGAUCCCACAAUGCCCACCAACACCCCUAACUCCCUGUACAAAGUCAUUCCUUUGUCUACCGGCCAGCUGGGAGAAAAGGAAGAUAUGUUUCAGAAUGUGCUCUCACAGGUAGCAGAGCAGUUCAGCAGAGCGUUCAGGAUCAACGAACUGAAAACGGAAGUGACCAACAGACUGGCUAUGCUGGAGAAGAGAGUAGAACUGGAGGGGUUGAAGGUCGUGGAGAUUGAAAAGUGCAAAAACGACCUGAAGAAACUGAGAGAUGAGAUGACGUCCAGAGCAGGAGGAAGAGUAAAUUGUCCAUGCAAAUACAAUUUCUCCGACGAUGGAAAGAAAUUAACUCCUAGACGUGAUGUCCCCAGCUACCCAAAGUACACACUUUCUCAGGAGACCAUUGAAGCGCUAAAGAAACCAACCUUUGAUGUUUGGCACUGGGAGCACAAUGAAAUGCUGAGUUGCCUGGAGUACAUGUACCAUGACUUAGGCCUUGUGAAGGAGUUUAACAUGAACCCGAUUACUCUCAAGCGCUGGCUGCUGGGCAUUCAGGAAAAUUACCGCAGCAACCCGUUCCAUAAUUUCCGCCAUUGUUUCUGCGUGAGUCAGAUGAUGUAUGGCAUGAUCCACCUCUGCAACCUCCAGGAAAAGCUCACACUGACAGAUCUGGGUAUUUUAAUGACUGCUGCCGUGUGUCACGACUUAGACCACCCUGGAUACAACAACACGUAUCAAAUCAAUGCUCACACUGAGUUGGCAGUGCGCUACAAUGACAUCUCGCCACUAGAGAAUCACCAUUGCGCUGUGGCCUUCCAGAUACUCUCAUUGCCGGAGUGUAACAUAUUUGCCAACGUGGACCCAGAGGCCUUUAAACAGAUCCGACAGGCUAUCAUCACACUGAUUUUGGCCACGGAUAUGGCCAGGCAUGGCGAGAUUCUGGACUCGUUCAAGCACAAAGUGGACAAUUUUGACUUCACCAAUGAGGAGCAUGUGACUUGCCUGAAGAUGGUCCUUAUCAAAUGUUGUGACAUUUCCAAUGAAGUCCGGCCUACAGAGGUGGCAGAGCCGUGGGUGGACUGUUUGCUGGAGGAAUACUUCAUGCAGAGUGAUAGAGAGAAAUCCGAGGGGCUUCCUGUGGCACCCUUCAUGGACCGAGACAAAGUCACCAAGCCCACAGCCCAGAUUGGCUUCAUUAAAUUUGUCCUCAUCCCCAUGUUUGAAUCUGUCAUGAAGCUGUUCCCACAGAUUGAAGAGAUUAUGGUGCAGCCUCUCAGAGACUCGCGGGACCACUAUGAGGAGCUGAAGCAAAUUGAUGAUGCCAUGACCGAGGCACAGAAGAAAAAAACAGAAAAUAUGUCAUUAGGUGGGAAGAAGAAAUAAGCACUUCUGCAAGUGUAUUGAUACUGUGAGGCCCGUCUGCACUGUGUGAACCGAGUUCCGGUGUGAGGAUCUGUGAGACACUGUGCUGGUGCUGACGACGGCUGGUUUGAAUUCACUGAAUCUAAAGGGUCACCUGAUCGACUCAUGAAAUCACGAGUCGCUUCCUUUUGCCAGCAGACUGCUAGGCCAGUCUGAUUCUUUCUUUUUGGCAUCAAUCAGUUAUAAAGCCUUUUUGGCUGAUAUGGGCAUAUAUUCAUUACUUCAGUUUUAAUCUUGUUUGUUUGGUUUUUUUUUGUUCUAUUUACAGUGUUCAACGAGAAAAACAAAAUGCAUUUCUAUUGCAUGUACGUAGUAUGUAGUCAUCUGAAUGUUUUGUGGUCCCAAAGCAAUUAAGAUACCAGAUUACAGCAUGACGUAUAACCAUAACUAGUGCCUUUUCAAAAUGUGUUUUGAUGAUUAUAAAAGGUCAGCAUGAUAUGAUACGGUUCCUUUGUCAACUAUUUCUCUCCUGAGUUCCUUUUAGAACAUACCAGUUCACAUUUUAGGCGGUUUUGUGGUGGAAACCGUAAUAUCAGAUUUUAAGGAUACCCGAGAACUCCUUUUGCAGUGUUUUGGUUCAGUUUCCAAACUAGAUGUGUUUCCCAUUAUUUAUUUGGUUAUUGAGGUUUGAAAUCAAUGUAUUUCCACUAGAACAUACAGAUAAAAUAUACAAUUAAACGGAAAAUUCUAUCAUAGUUUACUUAAUGUCAUUACUUUCUUUUUUCUACAGAACACAAAAGAAGAUGUUUUGAAAAAUGUCUAAGAAAAUGGAGUCCAGUGUUGUUUUGGACCCUAUUGACCUUUAUUGUAUGGAACAAAACCAGUUGAUACAUUCUUCAAAAUGUCUUCUUUUAUGUUCUGCAGAAGAAAAGUCAUACAGAUUUUGAACGACAUAACAUAAAUUGCAGAAUUUUAAUUUUAAACAUCAGAAGUCAUGCCUUCUAACCACAUUAAGUAUUUCUACCCUGCGGCUCCAUGUUCUCACCUUUUUUUUUUUUUUGUUCUCUGUAUCCUAUUUACUCUGGUUUGCUUCUAAUACUUCCUCAAAAUAAGACAAUAAAGUCUGUGGGAGUUCUGCCUCCUGGCUGUUCUUUAGUAAGGCUGUUCUUUUCUCCUUUUAUCAACGUGGUAAUAAAAACUCUUGCCAGGAGGUCACAUGUGUUCGCUAUUAUGACAAGGUUAGGCUUGUACGCAUCAUUUCAUUCAUAUGCUUCACUGUCAGUGUUUGGCGUCUUCGUCUAUAGAUCAGCACAUUUUGAUGGAUGGAGAUCACGGCAUAUUUCCUUCGCUAAGGGCUGCUUAACUUGUUGAAACAGGACUGGGGUGCGAAGUUUGUGAUUGCAAGCUAUCAAUUAAAGAAGAUUUUGAGAGGUGAAUGAAAAGUGGUAUAUAAAUAGGCUUGGUUUUGUGUCACAUGACCCUAAACGUAGGGCUAAAGCACAUGUACAAAUUAUAUAGUGCAGUUCGUCUGUCAUUGUUGCUGGUGCACUGACUGGAACAUGUACGUCUGAACCUGUUUUUAAAGUCACGCUUUUUCCAUCCCGACUGGAGACGCUGGAUAUGUUUGUGCCUUUGGCUUGUUUUCAUAAUAAAUGGCAUCAUUUUAUAUGAAUUUCUUCAUCUUGUUGGCUCUAUUAGAUAAUAAGCCUCAAUUUAAGCUUUCAAUUAUCCAUCUGCUGGCAUGUCUUGCUUUGUCUCCACUCGACUGUGACAUAUUGAGUUCACAGAUUAUCAAAGUCUGUUUCAUCACCCUCUUCGGAGAAAUGAAAACAUUUAUUUGAAUCAAAACAACGCUCAUUCUGAAUCCAAUGCAUCCAGGCACACCCUUGCUUUUAGCUACAUGCGAGAUAUAUGUAUAUUUUGAUUGCAUUUUUUAACAGCUCUCGAGUCCAAAAAGUCCCAAUGUUACUUUUUUCCUUCCACAAUCAACAACACAGGGUUUAAAAUAAUUUCAAGUUGUUUUGUAUCCCGAAAGCACAGACUGACCCAUUAAGAUGUGAUUUUUUUUUUUUUUUUUGAGUUCUGACACCUUCAGGUUUUGUGUGGCCUGUGCUUUACUGACUGUUCACAGGGUGGCAAUAUUUCUCUAAGGAGCUCUUUUGUGCUUUCCACUCAGACCCCUAAAAGAAGAGCAAUUAGAUGACAAAAGAAAAAUUCUCAAGAGUGGAAACUGAAAACGGUAAAAAAAGUCACACCCAGACAUAUAAAAGCCUGGUUUUUGAUAUAUAAAACCUACUGUGUUUGGGAUUGUAGAAUAUGGCACCAUUUUCUACAUUUACUAUAUCUUUUUUGACAGAUCACUUUUGAAUUUUUUAUUAUCUUUGUAUAUUUUCAAUGUAUUGUAGCUUGUCAAAUGUAAUAUUGCUAAUUGUUCCAUUUAAUUUACACCUGGAAAUAUAUAUAGGGCCUAUAUUUAUUAAGUAUAUAUUUGUUAUUAAUUUUGUACAUUUUGCCAAUUCUUUAUUCAGUUUUUAAUUAUGAUAAUAUAAUAUAAUUAAUAUUUAAUUUUAAUUUUAAUAAUUAAUA